UAAUUUAAUCCAAUCCAAUCCUUUCUUUUAUAUAUACAUAUAAAAAAAUAUCUUCUCCAAAUAAAAAAACUUAAAUCUUCUUCUCCAUAAACAUAAUUCAAUUCAAGCUGCUGCUGCUGCUCAUAAAAAGAAAAUAAAACUUUCUUAAAAAUACCAUAGUCAUAGUAAAUAAACAAAAAAAAUGGGUGGUGCUUCUUCUGUUCCUGAAAAUUCUAUUCAUGAAUUUACUGUCAAGGAUAGCAAAGGAAGGGAUGUGGAUCUUAGUAUCUACAAAGGCAAAGUUGUUCUUAUUGUUAAUGUUGCUUCCAAAUGUGGAUUUACAAACUCAAACUAUCCACAACUGACACAGCUUUAUGAAAAGUAUAGAGCUAAAGGUCUUGAGAUCUUGGCAUUUCCUUGCAAUCAAUUUUUGAACCAAGAACCAGAAUCAAGUGAGAAAGUAGAAGAAUUUGCAUGUUCAAGGUUUAACGCUGCAUAUUCUAUCUUCCAAAAGGUUCGUGUCAACGGGCCCAAAACAGCACCUCUCUACAAGUUUCUUAAAGCCAAGAAAAGCGGGUUUUGUGGGUCUCGAAUCAAAUGGAACUUCACCAAGUUUCUUGUGGAUAAAGAAGGCCAGGUCAUAGCCCGAUAUGGGCCAACUACAUCACCCCUAUCCAUUGAGGGAGCUAUUCAGAAGGCGUUGGACGCCUAGUAAGGUAUUCAACAUCAGAUUCUGUUGAAGUGAAGGUAACCAAGAUCCCUGCCAAUCAUAUGGGUACUCAAGAUUCAUCCAUGAAAAAAGGCUUUAGUAGUGUAUAGCAUAAGCGUCAAAGGGGUGAACCGUUGUGGACGAGAGUUGAAACGUUUACUGUAAUUUAUAUUACGUUGGUUUGGCAUGCGUGGUUUGUAGUUAUUACUUGUUAGAUGUCCAGGUUUAGUCUAUCUUUUUUGAAGGAUCGGUUAUGUUUCCUGUCAUCACUUUCGUUUGUGAAAAGAUAGUAAGAAUGUAUGUUUGUGAUUA